CAACAAGAGGCACUCGGCAACUUACGAGAUGGUGUCUGCAUUCAUCACAACGAUCAAGGUGCUCACGACCAUCGCACAAGUGGCGCAGCGUCUCAGUCCAGUGCCAGAUCUGUAUCGAGUCCACAAAAAUCGGGAUACCGGUGUUAUGGCCUUCACGCCACUCAUCGCCAUGUUACUGUGCAACCACGUCUGGUUGAUCUACGCCUACACGGUCAAGAACAUUUUCCCUCUCUUCUCCGUGUGCAUUUUCGGCGACAUCGUGUUGGCUGUGUACAUCGCCGUCUACGCGAAGUAUUGCCCCGACCGGAAGUAUGUGAUCAAGUGCCUCGUCAUGGGGACGGUACCGUUCGUAUUGGUCACUCUCUACACCGUUUUGGUCGCGUGCGGGGCGAUCCCCCAGUCGAGACACCAGCUCGGCGUCAUCCUCGGCUACUUGGCCGACGUGACGACGUUCGCCUUGUUCAUGUCGCCGUUCGAGAAGCUCAAGCUCGUGAUCCGGACCAAGUCGUCGGCUGCCAUCCCCGUGCUGCUCUGCUCCAUCAUGUUCGUCAACAGUAGCCUGUGGCUCGUCAACGGAAUCGUUGACGACGACCUGUUCAUCGUGGUGCCGAACGUCGUGGGGGUCUUGCUCACUGCGAUUCAACUGACGUUGUACUUUGUCUACCGUCCCGGUAGAGCAGUGUCGUCGGCAGACACGGGGGAGAGUGAGUUUGACGUCGUGGCGGAACUGGAAUCAGACUCGGCCAAACAGGUUUCGACGCCGAAGAGCGCUUCGUUCGUGUCGAUGGCGUCGCCCAAAACUUACAUCAAGCAAUAA